AGCCCGCCGCGGGGGGAGGGGGCGCGCGCGCGCCCCGCUGACGAGUUGUGCUUGGCGGCGUCCAAGAUGGCGCUGAACCAGCAUCACUCCAGGGAGGGCGGUGGCGUCGUGGUGCCCAACGCCGAGUGUAUCCUCAAGCAGUGCAAAGAUGUGGAGCUCUCCUUCUCCGACGCGAUGGGCAAGCCGGAAGCCUUCAAGGGCACAAAGAAGGGAGCGCUCUUCCUCACCCCGUAUCGGAUGAUCUUCGUGACCAAAGGCAAAGACGCCAUGAUGUCUUUCAUGAUGCCCUUCUACCUGGUGAAGAACUGCUCCAUAGAGCAACCCCUCCUUUCCGCCAACUACAUCAAAGGCACAAUCAGUGCCGAAGCAGGAGGCGGCUGGGAAGGGCAGGCGGCGUUCAAGUUGUCUUUCAGCAGCGGAGGAGCCAUCGAGUUCGGGCAGAUGAUGAUGCAGGCUGCUACCAACGCUUCCAAAGGGAUCCCGCCUCCGAAUCCCAACUACGGCUACAUGCCGAUGCCAGGGGGCUACGGGCCCGUUGUGGGGGGCUAUGUGCCCCCACCCCCCUACAUACCUGCUGGUGCAUAUGGACCCGCCCCCCCACCCAUGGGCUACCCAUACCCACCACCUCCAGGAGUGUACCUGGCCCCGGGAGGCCCAGCUCCACCGCCCCCCUACCCGGGGCCGUCUCCCCCGGGACCCUCCGCCCCCGGACCCUCCUCCGCGGGGCCGUCGGCCCCUUCGGCCUGGAUGGACUCCGGCAUGCCAGGUGGCAAUAAGGCGGCGGAAGCGGCUUCGAGUGCGUAUUACAACCCAGCCAAUCCUCACAACGUCUACAUGCCCAUGGACAAGCCUCCUCCCUAUGCUCCUCCGGACGAGAAGAAGAACAACUAAGUGGAGCGGGGUGUCGGAGGACCGCGCAAUCCGAUCCUCCUCCCCCUGCUCCUUCCCUGCAACAACAACAAAAAAAGGAAAAAAAAAAAAAAAA